AAGAACAUCAGAAGCAGAAUUUAUGUAACCAUCAGAAAAUGUAAAACAAUUUUAAAAAUAAAAAAAAUUUAACUGUAAUUUCGUGAAACCACGAAUACGAAUGAAUUUGACGUACUUUAGUCAAAGAAAGAAUUAUGUUUAUGAAUCCAACGUGUAUAAACCUCGAAUUAGUUUGUUAACAAAAUGGAGGAACUGUGAGGGGUCCAGCUAAGACUGAAUUGACUGGCAAAUCUAACUCGAAAGGUAUAUAUAAAUAUAAAUAUAAAUAAAUAUGUAUUUAUGUAUGUAUAUAUGUAUGUAUAUUUCCAUAAUCCUCUCUUUUCCCUACGAUACCAUGGAGGCGCUCUCUCUCCUUCUCUCUCUCCUCCCUCUCACAUUUUCCCCAGGCAGCUCAGGACGUUCGGCAUCUCCGUAAUGCGCGCUUCCCCUGCAUUUUUGAGUCUCGUCAUGGAAUCGAUUUGGGCGAACGAUGGCCCUCCCAGCGCCUGGCAUCUUUUCGCCUCUUUCUACUUCGUUUUCGCCUUCGUUGCUGCCAGGUCCAUCCUCGACAGGUUUAUCUUUCGUAGACUGGCAAUCUGGAUGUUAGGCAGAAGGUCCUCUUCCAACCUCAAUCGAGACACGAUGGCAAAAAUAGCAAAGAUUUCUGAAUCCAUGUGGAAGCUAACCUACUAUGCUACUGUUGAGUACUGCGUAUUGGCAACUAUUUAUCCAGAAGACUGGUUUGCAGAUAUAAAGGCAUACUAUACUGGCUGGCCUAAUCAAGAAAUGAAGCUUCCUUUGAAACUCAUUUACCUGUGCCAAUGUGGGUUUUACAUCUACAGCAUCACUGCCCUCCUUACCUGGGAAACACGUCGCAAAGAUUUCUCAGUAAUGAUGUCUCAUCAUAUUGUUACCGUGACCCUAAUUUCUGUUUCAUAUGUGACAGGGUUCUUCCGGGUAGGAUCGAUCAUUCUGGCACUGCAUGAUGCCAGUGAUGUAUUCCUUGAAGCUGCAAAAGUCUUUAAAUACUCGGGGAAAGAGCUUGGAGCCAGUAUUUUAUUUGGUUUGUUUGCCAUAUCAUGGCUUGUCCUGAGGAUUAUAAUCUUUCCAUUUUGGGUCAUAAGAUCAGUCAGCUGUUACUCGCCAGAUGUCUUGAUCUUGUCGGAUUCAUUCUACGCAGCAUUAUACUAUAUCUUCAACACGGCAUUGUUGACUCUUCUUGUUUUUCACAUUUAUUGGUGGAUUCUUAUAUGCAACAUGAUCACUAGACAGCUGAAAAAUAGCGGAAAAGUUGGGGAAGACAUUCGAUCAGAUUCCGAAGAUGAUGACUAAGUUUGGAACUCAUGCUGGCUAAGGAGUGUUGUAGUUUUAGUGAACUUAUUGGUAGAUUUGGCUUUUCCCGUGUGUACAAUUUUCUAAUUUAUAUUAUAUACUUAUAUAUAGGAAAUUGUACCAUUUAAUUAUAUAGACUAUAAAUAUACAUCAAUUAAUUUUCCUAAAAGCUGUUCAAUGUACAAAUUAUAUACAU